AUGGACAAAAAGCCUAACAAGUCUGCCAAAGAAGUAGAAGAAGGCAAGUCAUCGCCGGCAUUCAGAGAGACAAUGAUCAGUCGCAUACAGAGAAGAGCUCGGAGUUUGGCUCACAGUGCUCCAGGAAGAGCCAUCAACCGUCUUGCUCAAGAUGUCCCAGGCAUCCGUCUACUUGGAAGAGGACAGUCGGCUCCAGCUCCGGGAGAGAGGAUUCCGGAACAAGUUGUUCAUCCACUACCAAGUACAGAGAUUGCCCGACCUCGCCACCAGAAAAAGCGACUGGAAGCGGUUCGAAACUCGGUUUCACCGUCACCAUCUCGAUCACCACCAAAAUGUGUCGACACUCCAGAUGAUCUCAAACCAAGAAGCUCCAAUGAGUCCCCAAGAAAGAAAUGA